GUGAUUUGUGUGUGUGUGUGUGUUGUUGUUUUUUUUUUUAACAACAUCCCCGUAACCUUGGAAGACACACCUGACUGCCGAGCGAGGAUGGGACCGCUACUCCCUUUGAUCGCGUUGUGUUUGAGCGCCGCUGUCCCGUACCGUGUGAAAGCAGAUGGUGAGGAACCAACUUCUUCAGGCCCCUGUCAUCCAAACCCAUGCCACAACAGAGGAACGUGUGAGAUCAGUGAGACUUACAGAGGCGAUACCUUCAUUGGUUACGUGUGCAAGUGUCCACCAGGCUUUAGUGGAGUUCACUGUCAACACAAUGUCAAUGAAUGUGAAAGAGAUCCUUGCAAGAACGGGGGAAUUUGCACUGAUCACGUUGCUAACUAUUCCUGUGAAUGCCCAGGGGAGUACAUGGGAAGGAACUGCCAAUACAAAUGCUCCGGACCGCUGGGCAUGGAGGGGGGUAUAAUCUCCAACCAACAGAUAACAGCCUCCUCUACCCACCGUGCUCUCUUUGGCUUGCAAAAGUGGUACCCAUACUUUGCACGCCUCAACAAGAAGGGGCUGGUCAACGCCUGGACGGCUGCCGAGAAUGACAGAUGGCCGUGGAUCCAGAUAAACCUCCAGAGGAGAAUGAGGGUCACAGGCCUGAUUACCCAAGGCGCCAAACGUAUCGGCAGCCCAGAGUAUGUCAAGUCAUACAAAGUAGCAUACAGCGAUGAUGGGAAGACCUGGAGAACAUACAAAGUCAAGGGCAAAGAUGAGGAUAUGAUAUUCAGAGGAAAUGUUGAUAACAAUGCUCCAUCAGCCAACUCUUUCACACCUCCCAUUGAAGCCCAAUUUGUGCGCGUUUACCCCCAAGUUUGCAGGAGGCACUGUACCUUACGCAUGGAGCUGCUUGGCUGUGAGCUGACAGGCUGUUCUGAACCACUGGGGAUGAAGUCAGGCCAUGUCCAGGAUUAUCAGGUCACAGCUUCUAGCAUUUUCCGAACACUCAACAUGGACAUGUUCACCUGGGAACCUGGGAAAGCCCGUUUGGACAAACAGGGCAAGGUCAAUGCCUGGACAGCUGGACACAGUGACCAGUCACAGUGGCUACAGGUGGACCUACUUGUGCCAACCAAGGUCACAGGGAUCAUCACGCAGGGAGCGAAAGACUUUGGCCACGUCCAGUUUGUUGGCUCGUACAAGCUUGCUUACAGUAAUGAUGGAGAGCGGUGGAGUGUAUAUCAAGAUCAGAAACAGGGAAAAGACAAGGUUUUCCAGGGGAAUUUUGACAACGACACACACAGAAAGAACGUGAUAGAUCCCCCAAUCUAUGCUCGGUUUGUCCGGAUCCUGCCCUGGUCGUGGUAUGGCAGGAUCACUUUGCGUGUAGAAAUAUUAGGAUGCACAGAGCAAGAGUGAUGUCCCUUCCCUCUACACAUUUCUGCCCAUAAUCCCCCUCUCCUUUGGAAUACUGGAGUUUAUCAUGCAGUUCUUCAGAAAUAAACUGUUCAACCUGUAAAAAGAAAUUGAUUUCCAAUAUUUUUCUUCAAGGAAAACGCAUUAAACAAGUUGUGGUGGGGUCUUGUUAGUUCUUUUGUACAAUGAUUUCAAACCUGCCCCUCUGUUUUUCUUUUGUCUUUUAGUUUCUUAUUUAAAAGUGUGAUCUGAUCUUUGUCUUUUUAUUCCUCUCAAAAAUUGCCAUCCUGUUUGGAAUGAACUUCUGUAACAUAUAUGGUGGGGGUUAGGAGUCAGAAAGGGGGUCUCCCUGUGGUUUUCUGUGGAAGCUAUUGUACAGUGUCACUUUUUAACAAAGAUGUUAAAUCUGUCUGUAGUGCUUCAUGGGACAUUAUUAUCCAACUUUGUAUCAUGACUAAAUGGUCAAAGGUACUGUGUAGAAAUAAAACAUAAUGGAACAUGUUUUUAAUUUCAUAACUGAACCCCACUCAAGCCACGAUUUCCCUCAAAGGAACACAUGGAUCACAGUAAUAUCAAUACUCUUGUAUUAUAUGUAAAAGAUUAAGAAGCUGCAUGGUGCGUGAAUUAUAAAUGCAUAUUAUGAUAAAUCGUGAAAAAACCUUCAGCCCUGAAAGCAAAUAGCUUUGAAUUAGGGACUUAUUUUUAUGUGCAUUUUUAAAUUGUUCUGUUACACUUCUAAAGAUGAGUAAUUUGUUAGGCAAAAAACAAACAUUGCAGUUCAAAAGUUUUACUGCGUUACUGACACUGAAGCUUACAGGCUUUAUUUAUCAGAUUUAUUGUUCUCUAUGUCCGAUUGUAGCUGGUCUUUUCUAAAACGUUAGCCUUUUUGUUCAUUCCUUUUUUUCUACUUGAUUGUCAAAUUUAUGAAAUAUGUUCUAAUGUCCUCUUCUUGUCUUGGAGACCUAAGAUCAAUUGAUUCAAAAGCUCAGGAUAGAUAUCAUUCAAAAUACUCCCACAUGUGUAAAAUCUAUUUCCACUUUAGCUUACAACAAACCUACCGUCCACAGAAAAUUGCAGAUGUAUGAAAAGAACUACUUAAGUCAUCAUCAUAAUGUAUAUACUUCAAAUACAUUUUUGUAUGUCUUAUAAUUAAAAAUUAAUAAAUUUCCUCAUUUUCAAAAGAAAACAAAUGAAGACCGUGUUAAUAAAAGUGUUUCAUUUGCUCCAACAUUGACAAUGAUCUAUGUCAACAAUAGAGAACUCUAGUGUUCAUUGCAGGGUACCUAAGUAUUAAAGUUUUGUGUUGAAAACUAUACCGUUAUGUAAAGUAAUGCUUGCGGGAUGCUAAACUACAUAGACUAAUAGGAGUUAAAGACAUGUCGUGACACCAGUCAUGUCAAAACCUUAUACCUCUGUCGUACUAUUUUGUAUCUGCCUAGCAUUUUACCAAGGAUACCCUGCUUUAAGUAAAUAAUGUUGCAGCAUCACUUUUCCAUACAUCUGGGACCGUGGCAUAGGCUAUGUGAUGUCCAGCUAAGAAUGGCUCCCUUGGAUUUCACAGCGAAUCAUACCACACAGAGGUAGUAAAUUGCAACAGUGAAUGACUAUUAUUACUCAAUCACAUGCUCUGCUGUGCAGACAUUCAGUCUGCCUUAAAGAAAAGUCACCCACCUUAGCAGACUGAGUGAUAGUAGAGGUUUGAACGUCAGGGCAUCCAACGUGUUUUUUUUUUAUUACUUCAGCAAACAAUUAUUUUACCAAUUUUGGGCAUUGUCUAUGGAGCAUUGAGAUUUAAUUCCAAUAUGGGUUGGCAAUCAUUAAACGUAGUUAAAAAAAAAAAAAAAAAAACAAGAUGGUGGUAUCACUCUGUGCCAAUGUAGUAUUGCAUUGUAAAAUGUAUGCACUUCAUCCCAACAAACAUACACUAUACACAAUGGUGGGUCACUAUACUCAACACGCAUACUUAAUAGAUUGGAGAAAGCUUGAUUUUUCUGAAACUGAUCUUCACCUCUUCACUUUUUGACUGGUAUAACAAUCCCAAAUUUAUUUUGCGACAGCAUAUAUAGGUCAAGAAAAGAAUGUGUGUGAAGGCUACUUUACAUCUAUCCAUUCUUCUAUGCACACAUCAGAUUUUCUGUUUGGCUAUAGAAAAUUAAAAAAUAUUGUGCUGUCUAAAUCUCACAAACUAUUUAGCAGUGAAACUUUGGUCUCUUAACUUAUUUAUGGUUGUUCCAAAAUUAUUGAGGGCUACAUUAAGAAUAGUGCCACAUCUGUUUUUAUAUUUGGUCCUUCAUUUGAAGCUCGCCAGCUUUCAGUCUCUCAACAGACAAAUAAUUUUAUAUUAUUUUUAUCAGUAUAGAAUUUAUUUGGGUUUGCAAUUAAAAUAACCUUAAUAAAUCAGAAGGAAUCAGGCUCAAGGUUGACAAACCUGAUACUUCCAUGUUUUUCGUAAAAGCUCUAAUGACCAUAUUUGUUCGCAUUUGUUCAUCCAAAUAACCUGAAAGUAAAAAUUGGCUUCAAACAUUUUCCUACUGAAGUCUUCUCUAAAAUAAUCAGAGGGCAAGAGGAAAAUAUUUUUUUAAAAUAUUGAGUUGUUUUGUACCAGGGCAUCUUUUCAAAUAAAUACAAUCCACAAGUAAAGUUUUUUUUUUUAAUAAACUGGAGAAGUGGAACUGAUCUUUUCAUACACAGUAUAUAAGACACUUGUGUAUGUGAUAACAUAGUAAUCUUUAAUGGUGGUGAUAUGAGAGGAAUGUCUUUGAGCAAUUCACUCGUGUAAGUUACACUGAACGCAUUUGCUGUAGAUUAUCAUUGUGUGAAAACUGUUCUUGGUGUGAAUCUGUGACUGCCACUCUGUAGGUUUCUGGACACAGAAUAAACAAAUGAAUUGUAACUCACAAUUUUUUUUUUGUCUACUUAGAUUGUGACCCUUAAAUGCUUUAUUGCCAAAUAACUCUAUUGUGGCCAAGAUCUGCACUGAUUAAUCUUUGUAGAUGGCUUUCCUAUGAGCAUGUAUGACAGAGCAGGGCUGCUACAAAGUUUUCAGGAUGCUUGCAUGAUGUACAAAUAAAUCAGUACAGUAUAACAAAGAUGUCCACACGGCACAUUUUCUUUCUUUCUAUAUAUCUGCAGUGUGAUUCCUUUUACUUUACACCUGUCAGUUUGUCUUGUGCAUUGUAAAACUUCAUUAAACAUGUCCCAAAUGGAAGCAAAAUGAAAAGCCAUGCUGUCUUCAUAUUCUGUGUCAUCGGUUCACAAAUUGUUCUCUAGCUCCUCCAUCGCCAUCGAGAAAAGGUAACAGUUUGAACACAGGUUUGGUUUAAGCCUACAUAGAUGGGGGAGAUAUUCUGUAAAAAAUAUGUUGCUUCAAAUGAACGCUCUUUCAGUUUGACAAAUAAAAACAUAUGUGUGAAAA